AUGCCGUCUGCUGUGAAACCCCCGCAGACCCUGUAUGACAAGGUGCUCGAAGACCAUAUUGUCGAGGAGAAGGAGGAUGGCACCAUCUUGCUCUACAUUGACAGACAUCUUGUCCACGAAGUGACAUCACCACAAGCUUUCGAGGGUCUCCGCAACGCUGACCGCAGAGUACGAAGACCAGACUGCACACUUGCUACAGUUGACCACAACAUCCCCACUGCAUCGCGAAAAAACCUCACCACAACCGAGAAAUUCAUCGAAGAGACCGACUCGCGGUUGCAAUGCAUGACCCUCGAGGAGAAUGUCAAGGCCUUCGACCUCACUUACUUUGGCCUCGACGACAAGAGGCAAGGUAUCGUGCACAUCAUUGGACCCGAGCAGGGUUUCACCCUUCCAGGCACAACUGUCGUAUGCGGUGACAGUCACACAUCCACACAUGGCGCCUUUGGUUCUUUGGCCUUUGGUAUUGGCACCAGCGAGGUUGAGCACGUCCUAGCCACGCAGACCAUCAUCACACAACGAAGCAAGAACAUGAAGGUGCAGGUGGACGGCGAGCUUGGCCCCGGUGUCGGCAGCAAAGAUAUCAUCUUGUACGUCAUCGGCCAGAUUGGCACGGCUGGAGGAACCGGAGCAGUCAUCGAAUUUUGCGGGUCGGCUAUCCGCGGCUUGAGUAUGGAGGCCCGCAUGUCCAUGUGCAACAUGGCCAUUGAGGCUGGUGCGAGAGCUGGAAUGAUUGCUCCGGAUCAGACGACGAUCGACUACCUCAAGGGACGACCGCUGGCCCCCAAGGUUGACAGCCCAGAGUGGAAGAAGGCCUGCAGCUACUGGCUUGGUCUGAAGUCAGACGAAGGCGCAAAAUUCGACAUCGAGGUGCACAUCGAUGCAAAGGACAUUACUCCAACUGUUUCUUGGGGAACUUCGCCUCAAGACGUUGUACCCAUCACCGGUGUAGUCCCUGGGCCAGACGACUUUGAGGAUGAGACCAAGAAGAACGCCUGUGAGCGAGCCCUCAAGUACAUGGGUUUGACGGCUGGCACACCAAUGCAAGAGAUCCAAGUCGACAAGGUCUUUAUUGGAUCUUGCACAAACUCCCGUAUCGAGGAUCUGAGAUCGGCCGCGCGAAUCGUAGAGGGUAAACACAUUGCUUCCAACAUCAAGCGUGCCAUGAUUGUCCCCGGAUCAGGACUUGUAAAGCGACAAGCAGAAAAGGAAGGGCUCGACAAGAUCUUCACCGACGCUGGCUUCGAAUGGAGAGAAGCAGGUUGCUCCAUGUGUCUAGGAAUGAACCCGGAUAUCCUCUCGCCUGGCGAGCGUUGUGCCUCGACCUCGAACCGCAAUUUCGAAGGACGACAAGGUGCAGGUGGACGUACCCAUCUCAUGUCACCCGCUAUGGCUGCUGCUGCCGCCCUCGUAGGCAAUCUCGCCGACGUCCGCAAACUAGCUCCCCCCUCCUCUGCCCCUGCAAAGGGCUCCCCCAAGAUCGAGCUCGAUGCUCACCAAGAAGAAGUUGGUAGUGACGAAGAGAUUGACCGCAUCAUGGACCUCCCCGCCGCCUCGGAACAACACACGGCCAGCAACAGCACCACCAAGGGCGCCACCGCCGGCAUGCCCAAAUUCGAAACGCUCCGGGGUAUCGCAGCGCCCAUGGACAUUGCCAAUAUCGACACGGACGCCAUCAUUCCCAAGCAAUUUCUCAAGACUAUCAAGCGGUCUGGUCUGGGCUCCGCACUCUUCUACGCCUGGCGCUUCGAUCCGGUUACGGGGGCAGAAAACCCAGACUUUGUGCUCAACAAGGAACCCUUCCGGAAUGCGAAGAUCCUCGUAUCCACUGGCCCAAACUUUGGCUGUGGAUCGAGUAGAGAGCACGCGCCUUGGGCCCUCUUGGAUUUUGGCAUCAAAUGCAUCAUCGCACCCUCGUUUGGCGACAUCUUCUUCAACAACACGUUUAAGAACGGUAUGCUGCCUCUCCGCAUCACCGACUCGGCCGCGCUGGCCAUCAUUGCGGCCGAAGCAAGCGCCGGCCGUGAGAUCGAAGUCGAUCUGCCCAACCAAACCAUCCGUGAUGCGGACGGCAAGGAACUUGCUCAGUUCGAGGUUGAGCAAUUUAGGAAACACUGCCUGGUCAACGGGCUUGACGAUAUCGGUCUGACCAUGGCGAAUGAGGACAAGAUUGCGCAGCAUGAGGCGAAGAGGACGCAGCUUUGGCCGUGGCUGGAUGGCAGUGGAUACUUGAGCAGGCAUGGCAAAGGGCCUGUCCGUGUCAAGGCGGACAUCAAGGCGGUGCCCAAGACAAACAGGGGUGAGGAGAUUGGGGAGCCUUUGGAGUGGUAG